AUGAACAAGACAGCCAUCUCGUUCCUCCUAAACCCAUCGGAGCCCUUAGCUCCAACGACUCCUGAGCAUGCACCAAUAUCACCGUCGGUAUCACUUUUUAAUAGCCUCUCGCCCAUCACGAGAAGCCCGGAACCCACCUCAGUCUCAUUCACGGGUCGUCAUCUGUACAUUGCUUCACCUGAUAAACGCCAGUGCUUUGGCUUCAACAACAACACACUCGAGCUCCCGGCCAUGUCCAUGACCGCACUGUGCUUCGAGUGCUUCAGCUCCAGUGACGACGAGCAGUCGGACAAUUUGCCCACUCCAAGCAUCUCCCGACCCCGUAAGACCCACACUCCUCCGUGCCAGGUCGACGGAUGCAAGAACCUUGCCGUCUCUCGUGGACGCUGCGUGCGCCACGGUGGCGGAUCCAAGUGCACCAUGUCCGGCUGCAAUAAACGUGCCAAGUUGUACCAGCGCUGCUUCCAACACGGUGGCUACAAAAUGUGCACGGAACCUUGUUGCACCAAGAAGGCCAAGCGCUACGGCCAUUGCUGGUCACACGGCGGCGGUCAUAUUUGUGAAUUUCCCGAAUGCACCAAGGUGUCCACCCAGGGUGGCCUGUGCUGGGCCCAUGGAGGUGGCAAUCGCUGCAAGCACGAGAGUUGCAACCGUCGUUCGUAUCAGAAGUACAACUACUAUUGCAAACGCCAUGCACCUAGCAACUUAAUUUUAUAG